AUGGACUUAGCACGUAAGGAAGAAGUCAAGCCCUGUGUGCUGCCCGUGAUGUGUGUGUGACUGUGGGAGCUUUAUUUGGAAUGGCUUACCGCUUGUCCAAUGUGAUUGCCUUGUUCAUACGUUGAGUGCUUAUUCACGAAUCGGAUGCAUUUUCUCUAUCUUGACUAUGGGAAAGGCUAUAGGCCUAAACUAUGAUGAUAAUACUCUCCAAAAGUGCAGGCUACAAUGCCUUGGAUGGGUAACAAAAAUGGCCGCAUGUGUGUGAUGAGUUCACUGUAAUUUGCUAACAAUUGACAGCAAAACCGGACCGAUAAUUUGGCACGUGUGUGGACCACUCGUUGGCCCAUUCAUUAUUUCCUGGAUAUCGGUCUAAUUCUAUGCGCAGUAAGGGAUCUGUGCGUGUGUUACUCGCGCCGCUGAUAAGAUGUGCGCGCGCGCGCGAGGAAGUGGCAGGCAGCAGGAAUCCCCACUAUCACAAAAGCCUGCACCGCACCAGCAGAGAAAAGGGGCUGUAUUGAGAAAAGGAGCGUGGCGUACAAUGUUCCACGGCCCCGCCACAAUUUGAUAGGCUACACUCCCCGUGCCAGGGAAUGAGUGAAACCACCAUUGUUUGUUUGUUGAACAACAACCGGACUUUGUUUAUUUGUGCUGAGCUGGUGAAUGGACGUAGAUCGGGUCGGUAUAGCUGUGGCAGCGUCUGGUCCGAAGGCAGAGGGCAGCAGACGCAUGCUAUUGAUUUUGCCUUCAGAUUUGUCUGAGGAGUGUAGAAUCCAAUCUAAUGUCACUAUUUAGAUGACCUCUUAAUCCUGACCAUCUGAAUGUGAUAAUCUCAGUCAUUAUAAAAGGUUUAUGUGAAUGAACCUUUUGCCUGUAAAUAUUUUGUUGCAUUGUAAUUUCAGAACAUGUCCAUAAUAUAACUGGCGCUAAUAGUGGAAUGAUAGUGUUUCACAGUAUUACUUACCCGCCAGUGUUGUGAUUGGCUGUGAUAUUCGCCUAUUGAUUUCUUCUGCUGGAGCGGCAUCUGGUGUCAAAAUGUUAUUACUUUGUGGCUGUGUUAUCUAGUGGAAAACAAUCGCGCCGGAGGGGAUGGCUGCCGUUUUAUGGGCUCUUAACCAACUGUGCUAUUUUGUUAGUUUUUUCGCAUUGUUUGUAACUUAUUUUGUACAUAAUGUUGCUGCUAUUGUUAUUUUACUGCUGCUCUUUAAUUAUUUGUUACUUUUAUUUCUUAUUUUUCUUAGGUAUUCUUUCUUAAAACUGCAUUGUUGGUUAAGGGCUUGUAAGUAAGCAUUUCACUGUAAGGUGUGACAAAUAAAAUUUGACAAGUGAAAUCAAUAAGGGAUCAUAGCUUUCACCUGGAUUCACCUGGUCAGUCUGUCAUGGAAAGAGCUGGUGUUCUUAAUGUUUUGUACACUCCGUGUAUUAUGGACAUUUUCUGAAAUUACAAUGCAAAAAUACAAAUGAAUCCUAAGUGUACCACCUUUAAUGUAGGCUUAUGGCACUGUUCAAAUGAAUGCAUCUUUCUUUCCUUCCUUGGGUGAUAUAGCCUAUAACAACUGGUUUGGUGGAAAGCUAGUCAAGGAAGGAAUGACGGUUGGAAUCAGUCCAUCUUUAAUGUGACAACCCUUAUUCCAUGUGCGUAGGCAGAAUAUUUGGCUUUGUACUGGCCGGUGUACGUUCUUGAUUUUUUUGAGUUUGUUAUUUGCUUACUGCACUGCUGCAUAGAUUAAAGGGUGGAAGCAGCAGUCUCCUGCCUUUCCCAGAAUGAAUCACCCAAGCAGAGCCAGAGAGACCAACAUGCCCUAUGCCUCACACUCAUGUCUGUCACAGGGCCACGUCCCAAAUGGCACCCUAUUUCCUAUAUACUGCACAACGUUUGACCAGAACGCUAUGGAGGAAUAGGGUGGCAUUUGGGAUGCACACACUCGUGUUUGUCUCACACCCAUAGAGGUACAGUCUGGAGCUGGACUUGGUAAUUGUAUCUUCUGAAUAAGUGGAUGUUAUGACAUGUCCAAUCUCUGUUAGAAUAUAGCAGACAUUACAACCUGGUUUUCUUCAUUUAAAUCAGGCCUGAGAGGAUAUAUAUAUAUAUAUAUAUAUAUAUACACACUCCCCCUGACCUGCUCUUUCCUACUCUUUCACCUCUCCACCCAUCCCCCCUUUUCGUCUCGCUCUCUUUCUGCAUAUCUUGCUGCUCUUUAAUUAUUUAUAUUUUUUACAUAACACUUAUUUUUCAUAAAACUGCAUUGUUGGUUAAGGGCUUGUAAGUAAGCAUUUCACUGUAAGGUUGUAUACACCUGUUGUAUUCGGCGCAUGUGACAAAUACAAUUAGAUUUGUCUUGGCUUUUUUCUCUUUCAUUCAUUUCUCCUUUCCCCCUCUCUGGUAACUGUUAAGACAGCAGUUGGUAGGAGUCCUUAGAGGAGAGAGACUGGAGGAAGACAGCAGUUGGUAGGAGUCCUUAGAGGAGAGAGACUGGAGGAAGACAGCAGUUGGUAGGAGUCCUUAGAGAGAGACUGGAGGAAGACAGAGGGUCAUGUGACACGAUGAGUUACUGUAUGUCAUGAGAUGCUGCUCGUUAAGGGCUGGGGGAUGUGAUGAGCUGUGUGUGUGUGUGUGUGCUGGGGGUUGUGAUAAGCUGUGGUCAGGAUGUAAUUAUGUGUCCAAAACAAACGAUCAGCAUCAAAUGACAGUGCAUUGAUUUUGGUUAAAUUAUAUUUGACAUAGUAGUUAAGUAUGAUUUAAAAGUCGCUCUGGAUAAGAGCGUCUGCUAAAUGACAGAAAUUAAAGUAAUGAUGAUGGGAUAAAUGUGAUUAUUGUUGUUGUUAAAAUAAAUAUGAUUUUAUAUGUAUUUUUAUUAAUAUGUUAAGAUGGCCAUCUUGUUUCUGGCAGUGUAAUCCUCUUAUCUAGAGGCACACAGUCUGACCUGAGGCUUGUGGUAGCAGGUGCUCGGUGUGUGUGUGUGUGUGUGUGUGUGUGGGGGGGGGGGGGGCUUGACGAAAGGGGUGGUGGGUUUAGGGUUGGGAUGGUUGUAGAGAAGUCAAUAGAGAUUGGCUAAAGUAGCAGCCCCUCACCCAUAUCCUCCUCUCCCCACAACACACACACACCAUCCGACACACAUGGCAUACCCCACAAUCCCGAGCAAGCUCUGCUAGAAUUGAAUAACACAGCCUCUGAGUGUACAGGCUAUAGUAGCGAUGUUGCAGCAAAGCUCACUAAUUGCUCCGCGCUACCCCAGGAGUCCUAGCAGCCAGCCCUGCUCGGGAGUACAUUGUGGCUCCAAGGCAAUCCGGGUUACUGGCCUCCUUUGUGAUUCUCAAUUGACUGAGAGAAACCCAGAGUGACGGCUAUUACUGGGUCCUCUCUGCUUCCUUGUGAUGGGGAGAUAGACAGAGAGAAAAGGCUUACCCUCAGUUGUUUGUUUGAGUGUACAUGAAUGGAUGUUGCCUUAAGAUGUUGAUUGUGUGUGUGUGCGGAUGUGUGUUUCAUUUGAUGACCUUUGAGGAUGUAGCAUAGACUUAAAUUAAUAGAGCAUUCACAGAAACUGAGAAUCAAGAAACUUCAAUGGAGAUCCAUUUGUAACAUUUAUAGGAUUUAGAUCUAUAAUGUCUAGUAUUUGUCCUCUCAUAGGGGUCACCAGAGGUCACAAAAUGUGCUAUUUUUUAACGAUUCUCUGUGCUUUUAAUGCUGUGUGGACACACACACUCCUGCAUGCAUAACACAGAGAUGAUCUGCUGUGGCGUUUUACACAAAAACAGACACUCUGAUCCUUCAUAAUCCCUCCAUCACGAGCUGUCUGUCAUCUGGCUGCAUGGCAAGCAGGGGCAAGGGGAGGGCUCUGGUUCGUUGUUGGUUCACACCCGUCCCUGACCAGCCAUCUUUGUGUGCUGGUGACCACUCCCUGAUGCUGCUUUCUGUGCUCAAAAGGAAUGAUUUUGUAUGUUUGUGUAUGCAGCUGACUCUCUCCUUGCUCUUCUCUCCUUUUGGACUUACAGUAUGUAGGCUAUGUGUACACUCUCCCUUUCAUCUCAUCCUCUUGUAUUUUAAGUCCCAGAAGCCCUCUCUCUUAUUCUCUACUUCUCAGGAGUGCACCCACUCUCUCGUCUCCAUCAAGCUCCUUCAAGUACUGAACAGCUUCUUUCUCUCCUGAGUGUCUGCUGUCUCAGCCCUAUCCUCUCAAAAACUAGAGUUCGCUCCUUUCCUCUCCUCUCGUUAGACCUUAGUGUGCUCUCUCCUCAUCUCGUCUCCUCCUCUAAGAGCUUACUCUGGGCCCAUUCCUCUCCUCUUUUAAGACCAACAUUUGUCUCUCUUCUUCUUUAAGAGUGUACUCUCCCUCUUCAUAUUCUCUCUCUUUCCCUUCCACUUCACACUCUCUCCUUCCUCUCUCUCCUUCCCCUCUCUCCUUCCUCUCUCUCCUUCCCCUCGCUCCUUCCUCUCUCUCCUUCCCUCCCUCCUCUCUCUCCUUCGUCUCUCUCCUUCGUCUCUCUCCUUCGUCUCUCUCCUUCGUCUCUCUCCUUCGUCUCUCUCCUUCCUCUCUCUCCCUCCUCUCUCUCCUUCCUCUCCUGUCCACUUCUUUAAGUGUUUUCUCUCUCCCUGCUUUCCUGUCCUCCUUUACCUUGGCCGUAGAGAGACAGACCCUGGAGGGGCCCAGUGGUGCGGAUGAUUCGAUGAGGAGGAAGAAUUGCCCAAGUGCCUUUGCUGCCAUUAACAUUCUUCCAGGGGAUAUCUUUCACUCCCAAUCAGCGUGCAGGGCCUUAUUGUAAUCUGCAUUGCGUAAUGAAACCGGCCAGUAAGCCUCGCUCUUGCGCUCUUGCGCUUUCUCUCUGCUGUAAUGGGCCAAUUAGCACUAACGUGACGGAUGGGCCACGAUUGAGCAGAUUCAAUGGAGAGAAGGCUGAUAUGAUGGAGGGUGGUGAAAUAAAAUUGCUGGUCGUUAAAACCGUUGCACAGGAAGUAGGAUUGUAAUAUCCUGUGAUCUGCUUGCAUUGCCAGUCAGAUAACGAGGCUGUUAAUAUGUGUCCCAAAUGGCACCUUUUCCCUAUAUAGUGCGCUACUUUUUUUCCUAUAUAGUGCACUACUUUUUGUACGAAAGUAGUAGACUAUAUAGGGAAUAGCGUGCCAUUUGGGGCGCAAACUUUACUGUCUGUAAUUCUAUGGUGGCCGUACUUGUGUGACCAUAUUGUGACACAGUGGUCCAGAUUGGAGCUGAAGGUCAAAAGUCAUCAGUAGGGUUUGACCUCCUUGGUCAUCUCAGAUAGGGUUGGAAAAUUCCAGUAACAUUGCCAAAGUCCCGGUUGGAAGAUUCCUUGAAUCGGGAUGAAAUAAGCAGAAAAUCCGGAAUCCUCCAACCCAGAUUUCUAUGGAAAACCUGGGAAUUGUUGGAAAGUUAUCGGAAUUUUGCAACCCUAAUCUCAAGACCUGCUGCCAUGGCUAAGACCUAAGCAGUGGGUGAUUAUUUUCAUUGUUUGAUGGCUUCCUCUGCUAACCCAUUUCAUCUCAUCAGAGUUAUUCAGAGCUGCCUGCGUGGGAUGGAGGGAUCGGGCUUAAUGCUGCUGACCUGUAGUGUUUAUUAAUAAGCUACUGUUUACCACUCUCUCAAUGGACCUGGGAUGGAGGGAGGAGGUUAGAGGGAAGGGAGGAUGCAGGAGAGCAGGAAUGGAAGAAGAGAAAUAGAGAGAAAUUACUCAAGGUUAGACUGAACGCAUAACCCUGCCUGUCAUUCUCAUAUAAUAGAGGACAUUUACAUUUUGACUGAAUGACAUUCAGGCUGAUGAUGUAAGCAAUGUCCUUAAGUGGCUGUGGACACAAUGGCCAUCAGAGUCGUGCUGGAGGAACAAUUGCCCCCAUCAGUGCCUGGGAUCCCUGUCCUAGUCUGGUCUCCUCUGGACAAGAAUGAGAUGACUCAUCAGAGAGAGAAUAGAGAGAGAGGGAGCGAGAGUGGGUGUCAGAUACAGAUUGUGUAAACCCCUGUUCUAGGGCUGGGGGAUAUUUUAUGUUUUUGAAUAAUAAAAGGUCAAAAUUUGCUUUAUGAGUAGUGCGUAACCCUAGGGUGGCAACACAUACAUUCUAAGUGAUUUCAAUUGGUCUUUCUCCAUUCGGAUUGUUUUAUACUGUUCAAUUAAACUUCAACCAAAAAUAAUUGUCAUUCAUUUCUGAAUUUCCUGCACUCAUUUGAGAUCAUUUCCAAACUGCCACGUAGGGCUGCACAAUAUGGGCAAACAAUCUAGGCCUUAUUUUUUACCAACUGUUGCAAUUGCGAUUUGGCUUGUGAUUUAGAGCAAAACACUUGGGUGAACUGUUGGAAUCAUGGAAAUAGAACGAUUAUUCAAAUUCAAUAGUUAGAAUAUAAUAGUGGGCACUUUGAAUACAGUGUUUGACAUGACAACAAAUAAAAAUCCCAGGGAGGAGUUAUUGUGUCAGUGUUUCCUAGAGGAAAUCUUUGGCUACAUUGAAUGUUUUCUCUUAGCUUCUUCAUGUAUCUAACAUAUUCUUGCUUCACGUAUUCCUCUUUGAUUUAGAAGAUACUGUUGCACAAAAAACAUGCAGAUGUACAGUACCAGUCAAAAGUUUGGACACACCUACUCAUUCCAGGGUUUUUCUUUAUUUCGACUUUUUUCUACAUUGUAGAACAAUAGUGAAGACAUCAUGAAGCUGGUUGACAGAAUGCCAAGAGUGCGCAAAGCUGUCAUCAAGGCAUAGGGUGGCUACUUUGAAGAAUUAUUGGCAGACUAAAUAGCCUUUCUCAAAUGACUGCCUCAACCUGGUUCACCAACUACUUCUCAGAUAGAUUUCAAUGUGUCAAAUCGGAGGGCCUGUUGUCUGGACCUCUGGCAGUCUCUAUGGGGGUGCCACAGGGUUCAAUUCUCGGGCUGACUCUAUUCUCUGUGUAUAUCAAUAUCAAUGAUAUUUUUUUUUAUUGGGAGGUGUUGAAUGGAGUUGAAGGAUGGGACUAAUAACAACUAACAACAAAUAAUAACAAGAUAACUAAUAAUGUAAGCAUACUGUGUCCAUAAUAAGUAUAUUGGUUGUAUGUUGGGAGCUUUUGGGAAAGAGCACAGUUAUAAAGAUAUGGCAUAUAGAAGCAAACCGGAUGGACAUCAUGAAAAUGAUCGGAGAGGUUGUGAGUAGAAGAAGUUCAGGAGAAAAAACAAACAAACAAAAUAUAAUUAUUGUAAAAUUGACUGUGUCCAUAAAAUGUAGAUAGUAAGUAUAAGCCUGAAGUAGAGGCCUAAGCAUUGUUGUUCACUAAUUUACCCCAAGUAGGGAAAGGAUGGCGGGGGCAAUGUAAUAAAGGGGAGUAUAUAUAUAUAUAUAUAUAUAUAUAUAUAUAUAUAAAAAAAAACAUGGGGGACUGGAAGUGAUGCAGACAAUUACAUUGAUGGAAGUUACAAUCUAUCUGCAAUAUUAAGCUGAUCUACCCCCCCCCCCCCCCCCCCCCAAAAAAAAAAUGAUGUCGCUCUUGCUGCUGGUGACUCUCAGAUCCACCUCUACGCAGACGACACCAUUUUCUAUACAUCUGGCCCUUCAUUGGACAGUGUUAACAAACCUCCAAACGAGCUUCAAUGCCAUACAACACUCCUUCCGUGGCCUCAAACUGCUCUUAAAUGCUAGUAAAACUAAAUGCAUGCUCUUCAAUCUGCUUGCACCCGCCCGCCCGACUAGAAUCACUACUCUCGGCGGGUCUGAUUUAGAAUAUGUGGACAACUACAAAUACCUAGGUGUCUGGUUAGACUGUAAACUCUCCUUCCAGACUCGCAUUAAGCAUCUCCAAUCCAAAGUUAAAUCUAGAAUCGGCUUCCUAUUUCGCAACAAAGCCUCCUUCACUCAUGCUGCUAAACAUGCCCUCGUAAAACUGACUAUCCUACCGAUCCUUGACUUCUGCGAUGUCAUUUACAUCUAAAAUAUAUUUUGAUUUGUUUAACACUUUUUUGGUUACAACAUGAUUCCAUAUGUGUUAUUUCAUAGUUUUAAUGUCUUCACUAUUAUUCUACAAUGUAGAAAAUACACUGCUUAAAAAAAAUAAAGGGAACACUUAAACAACACAUCCUAGAUCUGAAUGAAUGAAAUAAUCUUAUUAAAUACUUUUUUCUUUACAUAGUUGAAUGUGCUGACAACAAAAUCACACAAAAAUGAUCAAUGGAAAUCAAAUGUAUCACCCCAUGGAGGUCUGGAUUUGGAGUCACCCUCAAAAUUAAAGUGGAAAACCACACUAGUGGACAGUUUGAUUUCACAGAAGUGUGAUUGACUUGGAGUUACAUUGUGUUGUUUAAGUGUUCCCUUAAUUUUUUUGAGCAGUGUAGUUCAAAUAAAGAAAAACCCUUGAAUGAGUAGGUGUGUCCAAACUUUUGACUGGUACGGUAGGUCUACUCUACACAAUCACUGGUAUUAUCAGGCUGUAUAGCUAGUUAUGUUUGCUAGUACAUUUAUUAGCUAGCGAUUAGUGGCUAGCAAAAUUUAGGCCCAACUUACUAAGAAAAGAUAAACUAGCUGUUUGCAGACGUAAGAAACACAAACUAAUAGUGUAAUUAUAGAACGCUAGCCGAUUUAUAUUAACAAGCAAAGUGAAAACAGCAUCGUUGUCAUCAACACUGUUGCAUGUGCUGCAUUGACCAUGCAGAGACAGAACGCAAGUGUUUCGUGCUCGAGGAACAACAAAUGCGCUCCUUGGGUGACAGGGGCGGGGCUAGGUCUGUGUGGAAAACGGCAUGGAGAGAGAGAGCUGACUGAAGUAGCGAAGGAAACCUAUAAAAAUGGACGUUACACACGGCAUAUCACAUUUAACAAACUAAACAUUCAAAUACCGUUAUAGAAGGUUAAGUAUGAACCCAAACCGGUCCUUGCAUCAAUACAAGUAUAUCGUAAAAUACGGUGUACCUCCCAGUCCAACCCUGGUCAUAAGCAUUGUCUAAUGAGCGUGUUCUUGUUUCUUUCUUUCACUCUCUCUCUAUCUCUUUCUCUCUCUCUUUCUCUUUCCUCUCUCUUGCUCUCUCUCUCUUUCCUCUCGCGCUCUCUCUUUCCCCCUUACUCUCUUUCCCUCUUCUCCCUCUCUCUCUCUUUCCCUUCACUCUCUCUCCUAUAGGUUUCCAGAGUUGAGGGAUGAGUAGACUGUAGAAGGACAGGGAGGGUUGGGGUUAACCGUCAGGCACCGGUAAGAUCACCACUUGUCCUUUAUCCUACAGGUGUCAUUAUAGAUCCUUUACUUUCUGUGAGAGUGUAUUAUAUGUGUCCGUGUUUAGGCUAUGGGAUUGUGUGGGUGUGUUUUAAAUGCAUGUUUAUUUGAAUGCACUUUCCAUGUUUAAAAGCAUCUGUGUGUUUGUGUGUGUGAGAGAGAUAACUAUAGAGGAUGUCUGUUUGUAUAUAAACAAGCGUUUGUGUGGAUGUAAUGUACUGAAUGUGCCAGGAGUGUUAAGCCAGUCUUAAGGCUGGUCCUUGGAGCUACUCUCUCUCCCUGGUCUAGACUGAUGUUAUCAGAGCAGAGUGGUGUUGCCCCUGGCUACUACCACUAUCUGACUAGCCUUGUGUUGCCCCUGGCUACUACCACUAUCUGACUAGCCUUGUGUGCCCCUGGCUACUACCACUAUCUGACUAGCCUUGUGUUGCCCCUGGCUACUACCACUAUCUGACUAGCCUUGUGUUGCCCCUAGCUACGACCACUAUCUGACUGUAUCCUUGUGUAGCCCCUGGCUACUACCACUAUCUGAAUUUAGCCUUGUGUUGCCCCUGGCUACUACCACUAUCUGACUAGCCUUGUGUUGCCCCUGGCUACUACCACUAUCUGACUGUAGCGUUGUGGUGCCCCUGGCUACUACCACUAUCUGAAUUUAGCCUUGUGUAGCCCCUGGCUAGUACCACUAUCUGACUAGCCUUGUGUUGCCCCUGGCUACUACCACUAUCUGACUGUAGCCUUGUGUUGCCCCUGGCUACGACCACUAUCUGACUGUAGCCUUGUGUUGCCCCUGGCUACUACCACUAUCUGACUGUAGCCUUGUGUUGCCCCUGGCUAGUACCACUAUCUGACUAGCCUUGUGUUGCCCCUGGCUACUACCACUAUCUGACUGUAGCCUUGUGUUGCCCCUGGCUACUACCACUAUCUGACUGUAGCCUUGUGUUGCCCCUGGCUACUACCACUAUCUGACUGUAGCGUUGUGGUGCCCCUGGCUACUACCACUAUCUGACUUUAGCCUUGUGUUGCCCCUGGCUACUACCACUAUCUGACUAGCGUUGUGGUGCCCCUGGCUACUACCACUAUCUGAAUUUAGCCUUGUGUUGCCCCUGGCUACUACCACUAUCUGACUGUAGCCUUGUGUUGCCCCUGGCUACUACCACUAUCUGACUGUAGCCUUGUGUUGCCCCUGGCUACUACCACUAUCUGACUUUAGCCUUGUGUUGCCCCUGGCUACUACCACUAUCUGACUGUAGCCUUGUGUUGCCCCUGGCUACUACCACUAUCUGACUUUAGCCUUGUGUUGCCCCUGGCUACUACCACUAUCUGACUAGCGUUGUGGUGCCCCUGGCUACUACCACUAUCUGAAUUUAGCCUUGUGUAGCCCCUGGCUACUACCACUAUCUGACUAGCCUUGUGUUGCCCGUGGCUACUACCACUAUCUGACUAGCGUUGUGGUGCCCCUGGCUACUACCACUAUCUGAAUUUAGCCUUGUGUAGCCCCUGGCUACUACCACUAUCUGACUAGCCUUGUGUUGCCCGUGGCUACUACCACUAUCUGACUUUAGCCUUGUGUUGCUCCUGGCUACUACCACUAUCUGACUGUAGCCUUGUGUUGCCCCUGGCUACUACCACUAUCUGACUAGCCUUGUGUUGCCCCUGGCUACUACCACUAUCUGACUAGCCUUGUGUUGCCCCUGGCUACUACCACUAUCUGACUGUAGCCUUGUGUUGCCCCUGGCUACUACCACUAUCUGACUGUAGCCUUGUAUUUCCUCUGGCUACUACCACUAUCUGAAUGCAGUGUUGCCCCUGGCUACCACCACUAUCUGACUAUAUCAUUGUCUCUACAGUUCCACCCUGACAACCCAGUCACAACCAUGAUUACAGUCAGAGGAAGAGAUCCGCUGUAUCUGCUAUUUACACUGGUACACAGGAGGGUGUGUGUUUGGGGGACCGAGUGGCGCAGCGGUCUAAGGCACUGUAUUGCAGUGUUAGAGGCGUCACUACAGACCCGGGUUCGAUCCUGGGCUGUAUCGCAACCGGCCGUGAUCGGGAGUCCCUUAGGGUGGCGCACAAUUGGCCCAGCAUCGUCCGGGUUAGGGGAGGGUUUGACCGGUGUAGGCCGUCAUUGUAAAUAAGAAUUUGUUCUUAACUGACUUGCCUAGUUAAAUAAAGGUUAAAUAAGUAAAACACUCUAUGGCAGUGCAGACACCUGUAUACUGCUAAUAUAAUAUUGAUAUAACACUAUUUGUGAGCACACUUUCUGAUGUUAGCACAUCUCUGUUCCGUAUUGCUAACCCAUGGCAAAUGCUCACCAAACAUCCAAACCCUGGAGCCUUCAGUUUAAUGCACCACUUUUUCCAGUCAACUGCUUUUCACGACACUUAUUCAUCCCAUAAUGCUUUGCGUCAGCUGGACUGCUCACCUGAUCUUCUUCUUCGGGGCUGUAUGUUUACAGAUGUGUUAAUUUUUUUAUUUUGGGGGGGAAAGAUACAGCUACAUCAUACACCAUGAACAUUUUUCAAUUUCUAACAGUGGAAUUUUUCUACAAUGUUGUGCUGCUGUCAUGUUGUGCUGCUGCCAUGUUGUGUUGCUACCGUGUUGUUGUCAUGUUGUGUUGCUACCAUGCUAUGUUGUCAUGUUGUGUUGCUGCCAUGUUGUGUUGUUGUCUUAGGUCUCUCUUUAUGUAGUGUUGUGGUGUCUCUCUUGUCGUGAUGUGUGUUUUAUCCUACAUUUUAUUUUUUAUCCCAGCCCCUGUCCCCGCAGGAGGCCUUCUGCCUCUUGGCAGGCCAUCAUUGUAAAUAAGAAUUUGUUCUUAAUUCUUAAUAAAUAAAAUAAAUAGAAAUGAGUGCAUAUACCAGAUACUAUGUAUUUUGGAGAUCUACCGCAGUGAUAGAGAGUACCGCACUUUGAGAACUGAGAGAGGGAGGGAGAGAGAAUCCAGAGUAGAUUCUGUAAUCCUGUGUUUUUGCAGUAGGAUUAAAAUCCCGCUCAGAUUUGCUGUGGAUGGGGGUGGGGUUUACUGGGAAGAGGGAGGGGGGUGGGGCUGACUGGGACUAGGGAGGGGGUGGGGCUUACUGGGAAGAGGGAGGGAGGGAUUAGGGACUGCAGAUCAUAUCCUCUUAAACUACAGCUGUUUAAGAGGGGGAGGGGCAUUGAGAGCGAAGGGGAGGGGUUUACAGGAGGACCAUCUAAUGGUGUAGAAUGUAGAUGGAAUGAAGAUGUCACCUAGACACAGAUCUAAGAUCAGUUUGUGUCAGUAUCAGUCACCUGUAGAAAGGGAGAGGAGUCUCGAAGGGCAGCCGAAAGAGUCUGGAAAAGAUUUCAUGAUUGCAUGUGAACUCAAACAAACCCUCAACAGCAGGAGAGGAUUAGGUGUAAGGGGGGGCUAGGAGGGUGUGUUUGUGGUGGGGGUGAGGUAUUAAAGGGAGUGUUGAGGGAGGGGAUUGAGAACGACUGAAUCUGUGUCCACAUAUGUGUGAACCAGCUAUCUGUCUCCAUCUCUCUCUCUCUCUGUCCUUAGUGUCUCUCUCCUCAUUAUUUCAUAUACUUCUAUUUAUUUCAUCUCUUAUCUCUCUUUCAUCUAUUAUCUCUGUCUUUCAUCUCUUAUCUCUGUUUAAUUGCUUUUAGUUUAAUCCCCCUUCUAUUGUUUCUCUGUCUUUCAUCUCCUCUGUGCAUCUUUCUCUCCCUCUCUUCCUCUCUUUGAGGUUAGAGACUGUUGUUCAUUGUGUAGUAGACUGAAUGUUAAGGGCAGAGGAGCUUUAGACCAACUAUCACUUAGUGGUGGUGGUUCACUUGUGGUUAGGUUAGCAUAGCUGUGGUCGAGGAGCGGUCGAAGAGCGGUCAUGGCUAUGGAGGACGCCUGUCCCAACGGGGUGGAGGUAGAGGUGGAGUCCCCUCCGGAUGCAGGUGGGACGGGAGAGCAAGGCGAGACAGGAGAGGGGGCGGCCGGGGAGGGGGCGGCUGCUGAGCCCACAGAGGGGGCCGACACAUCCGGAGGUGAGAUUCUCAGUUGCAGAUAUUGAUACUGUGGGAAAAUGUUGUUGCCAGAUAGAUAGAUAAGGUUGCCAGCUAGAUAUAGUUUAGCUGUGAGUCUUGGCACUUUCUUAGUCAGCUGUUUCUGUGGCACACACCUCCCGGUGAACACAUAGGCUUAUGACCCUCUCUCACCAAGGUGUGUGUGUGAAUGAGUGCACACUCUUUUUCAUAUGCAUGAUGUAACGAAAAGGUAUGUGUGUGUGUGUGUGUGUGCGUGUGUGUGUGUAUGAGAUAUUUCUAUCAUCCUCAUGAAUUACUAUGAGAUUUAGGCAGAGAUCCAUUUAUAUAAAGCCUGGAUAUUACUAUAUUAUGAUAGAUACAGUGCAUUCGGAAAGUUUUCAGACCCCUUGACUUUUUCCACAUUUUGUUACGUUACAGCCGUAUUCUAAAAUGGAUUAAAUAGUUUUCCCCCCUCAUCAAUCUACACAUAAUACCCCAUAAUGACAAUGCGAAAACAAGUUUUUAGACAUUUUUACAAAUUUAUAGAAAUAAAAACCCCCCGGAAAUAUCACAUUUACAUAAGUAUUCAGACCCUUUACUCAGUACUUUGUUGAAGCACCUAUGGCAGCGAUUACAGCUACGAGUCUUCUUGGAUAUGACGCUACAAGCUUGGAACACCUGUAUUUGGGGAGUUUCUCCCAUUCUUCUCUGCAGAUCCUCUCAAGCUCUGUCAGGCUGGAUGGGGAGCGUUGCUGCACAGCUAUUUUCAGGUCUCUCCAGGGAUGUUAGAUCGGGUUCAGGCUGGGCCACUACAGGACAUUCAGAGACUUGUCCCAAAGCCACUCCUGCGUUGUCUUGGCUGUGUGCUUAGGGUCGUUGUCCUGUUGGAAGGUGAACCUUCACCCCAGUCUGAGGUCCUGAGCACUCUGGGGCAGGUUUUCAUCAAGGAUCUCUCUGUAUUUUGCUCCAUUCAUCUUUCCCUCGAUCCUGACUAGUCUCCCAGUCCCUGCCGCUGAAAAACAUCCCCACAGCAUGAUGCUGCCACCACCAUGCUUCACCGUAGGGAUGGUGCCAGGUUUCCUCCAGAUGUGACGCUUGGCAUUCAGUCCAAAGAGUUCAAUCUUGGUUUCAUCAGACCAGAGAAUAUUGUUUCUCAUGGUCUGAGAGUCCUUUAGGUGCCUUUUGGCAAACUGCAAGCGGGCUGUCAUGUGCUUCCGUCUGGCCACUCUACCAUAAAGGCCUGAUUGGUGGAGUGCUGCAGAGAUGGUUGUCCUUCUGGAAGGUUCUCCCAUCUCCACAUAGGAACUCUGGAGCUCUAUAAGAGUGACCAUUGGGUUCUUGGUCACCUCCCUGACCAAGGCCCUUCUCCCCCGAUUGCUCAGUUUGGCCAGGCGGCCAGCUCUAGGAAGGGUCUUGGUGGUUCCAAACUUUUUCCAUUUAAGAAUGAUGGAGGCCACUGUGUUCUUGGGGACCUUCAAUGCUGCAGAAGUAUUUUGGUACCCUUCCCCAGAUCUGUGCCUCGACACAAUCCUGUCUUGAAAAUCUACGGACAAUACCUUCGACCUCAUGGCUUGGUUUUUGCUCUGACAUGCACUGUCAACUGUGGGAACUUAUAAAGACAGGUGUGUGCCUUUCCAAAUCAUGUCCAAUCAAUUGAAUUUACCACAGGUGGACUCCAAUCAAGUUGUAGAAACAUCUCAAGGAGGAUAAUUGGAAACAGGAUGCACUUGAGCUCAAUUUUGAGUCUCAUAGCAAAGGGUCUGAAUACUUAUGUAAAUAAGGUAUUUCUGUUUUUUAUUUUAAAUACAUUUGCAAAAAUGUUUUGGGGGUAUUGUGUGUUGAUUGAGGAACAUUUUUUAUUGAAUCCAUUUUAGAAUAAGGCUGCAACGUAACAAAAUGUGGAAAAAGGGAAGGGGUCUACAUACAUUCCGAAUGCACUGUAUAUUAUAUGAUUAUAUUAUACUACAUGACCGUAGCGUGGGAAACCAGAGAGAGACCAGCAGAAAGAGAUAGAGAGUGGAGGAGAAACUGUGAAGAGAACUAGAUUCUUGCAGAGGACUUCAUUGUCUUCAUGGCUUUACAUAUUUAAUCUCAGGCACACACAAACACGCACGCGCGCACACACACACACAAAUGCAUGCACACAAACACGCACACACGUACACACACACCUCCACAGGGCUGUAAGUGUAUUACAGGGGCUUACAGGGGCUUUGAGACCCUAGGUUUAAGGUCUUAGCUCCAUGAUACCUGCCUAGUCCACACCUCUCUCCUUGUCAGGACAAGAGAGGACACACAGGGUCAGAGGAGUCUUCAUCUCUGGACCAGACUGAAAUUGAAUUAAUUGAGAUAAUUGGAAAGAAGAUAUAAUCAUAUCAAACCACUAUUGUCUGUCUAGUGGACUUCUGGAUUGACGUUUUUUUCCAUUGAAGAACAUUAUUUUCCAUUGAGGAACAUUUACAGGGGCCGAUGGACAAGCUUCAGCGAGAAAACCAAACUACCAAAAAAAACAACAGAGGAAGUGAUUUGUAGGCUUGUGUAGUUUUUGAUGCAGUCUUUGUCUGAAGGGAUUACAGUUUGGAUUUGAAUUGGACAGUUUUUAUUGCUGUGACCUAUCAACUGCAGUGAAAAGGACUGGUCUAUUGAACUACAUUGAGAGAGAGUGAAUGAACUACAGGCAUGGCCGCAGGUUGCACAAACUUCUACUGUAUUUUAUUGGCAUGGGAAUUCUAAGUAAAAUUUGAAUGUGGUUGUUUGUUUUGGCUGGACUGUGCAAAAGCAGUAUGAGAGGGUACAGGGGUCACUAAGGCCUACACUUUCACUGGCUCUUUCUUCUUUUCAACUAACUCUUUUUUUGCGUGUGUCUUGCAUCUACAGUAUGUUUGUGACUCACUCUCUUCCCCCUCUCUCUGUAUAACUAACACAUCUCCCUCUCUCUCUCCCCUCUCUCCCCCAUCCCUCCCUCUCUCCCCAUCCCUCACUCUCUCCCCCAUCCCUCCCUCUCUCCCCAUCCCUCACUCUUUCCUCCCUCCCUCCCUCCCUCCCUCCCUCCCUCCCUCCCUCCCUCCCUCCCUCCCCCUCCCUCCCCCACCUUCCCUAUGUCCUCCCUCUCUCUCUCCCUCUCCUCUCCCCCCACAGCGAUGCAGCAGGUGUUGGACAACCUGGGGGAGCUGCCCACCUCCACGGGGGCCAAAGACAUCGACCUCAUCUUCCUCAGGGGCAUCAUGGAGAGUCCCAUUGUACGGUCACUCGUCAAGGUAGCAUACACACAUAGGGGAGAACACACAGAGACUGACUCACACACUGACCAAAGGCUGGCUCCCCGCUAAGGUACUAAUCUAUCACCAUGCUAAUACGUAACACAACACUGAUGGUUGCCCUGAUGGUCACAAUGACACAAGUCACACAUACACUGCACACACACACACACACACACACACACACACUCUAACCCAGGGGUGUCAAACUCAUUCCACGGAAGGCCUAGUGUCUGCAGAUAUUUUUUUUUUUUUUCAAUUAAGACCUAGACAACCAGGUGAGGGGAUUUCUUUACUAAUUAGUGACCUUAAUUCAUCAAUCAAGUAGAAGGGAGGAGCGAAAACCCACAGACACUCGGCCCUCCGUGGAAUGAGUUUGACACGUGCUCUAACCCAUAUACAGUGCACUGAUCUGACAUAUUCAUAUUCACAUUGGUGAGGUGGGUUAUUCACUGCUAAACAGGAUGAUGUCAGGAAGAUGAGUUCCAGCUGCUCUCCCAAUCCCAGGCAGCCACGGGCCUGUUGGUGACUGUCACAGCCUGGGGAGGGGGAUGGGGUCACAGGGCUGCCUGUGUGGGGUGCCCCUGGAGGUCUCUCUCCGUCACCAGACUGACCCCCCUGGUGACAGAUACUCUGACCACUGGAGUGAACUCCUGCCCCAAAAUAGUCAGCUGUCCAAGUGGAGGGGGGGACUUCCUCAUCAGAAUACCACCACAGAACCCUCACUCAACAACACAACUUACUGACACGUGCACCACAAGGCAAUCUAACACAAGUUCACUCAAUGGCAAGGGGACCCAACCAACCACAACAAUGGUUAGAACACCACUAUCUAUCUACCAGUGAACCACUUCCUCCCAUGUCUAUAUGACCUGUAUAACCUUUAAUCUCUGACCCCCGCAGGCCCACGAGCGAUUGGAGGACGUGAGGCUGGAGGCGGUGCAGGACAACAACGUGGAGCUGGUCACAGACAUCCUGGGUGACAUCACCGCCCUCAGCGUCCGCGACGACAGCGCAGCGGAACUCUCCCGAAUCCUCCAGGAGCCCCACUUCCAGGUGAGGAACCCAGUCACUAACGUUAAAGGUUAUAGUUGAUGCUAAUGCUAGCCUUUAUUUCUUGGUUCUUCUUGUGAAUCUGAAAGCAUUGGCUACACUCUUAGAAAAAAGGGUUCCAAAAAGGUUAUUCGACUGUCCCUGUAGGAGAACUCUUUUGGGAUUCAUGUAGAACCCUUUCGGGAAAGGGUUUUACCUAGAACACAAUAGGGUUCUACCUGGAACCAUAAAGGGUUCUUCAAAGGGUUCUCCUAUGGGGACAAUUUUGGAUUUAGGAUUGGGCAAAAGAUGAGCAGAAAAUGUUAUGGUGUUAUUCAAUGUUGAUGGUUCUAUAUUGGUACAUGUACAUGCAUCUCAACUCCUGUCAUGAAAGGGGAGAUGGUUUAGGAUCAAAUCCCUCCCCUAGAAUACUGACCUCUAUCCAUCGACCUAUCAGAGGACUUAGAGGGCUUUUCAGAGUGUGAACCAAUAGGAUUAUAUCUUUGAGAAGGGAAUAUCUCUGCUCCAAUCAGAAGCAUGCAUGCUGUCAGCUCAGCGAUAAGACCUUGAUAUGAGGGAGAGAGAGAUUGUGUAUGACAGUUUUACGGUGUAGGCUAUGUUUGGAGUUAUGAUGUUCUGUCCUCCCUUACUCAGCCGUCACUUAACAACAUGACUUUCACAUCAAUACAUCUCUCUCUCUUCAUUUAGCAGAAUGUGUCAAAUUACAUCAUUUUUUCUUCUUCUUUUCCAUCUGUUUAAACUAGGCUGUUUUUCUCCCCUGUGUCAGGCCUUACAUACACACACGCUCGCACGCAUGCACACCCACCUACUGCCACCUUCUCCAAGGAGGGAAGAGAGAACUGGGAAGGAGUGAGGGAGGGUUUGGGGUUUAAGAUAAAUGUUUCCAUCCUUGUAAUUGUAUGUGGGACAUUAUUUUGGUGUAGCCUAAUCUUUUUUUUUUACUUCAGAAAAGGACUGGUGUGCAUGAUGUAAAACACAACUUCCAAUUCACAGCUUAAGACAACGAACACAAUUUAUAACCUCAAUUUAUAACCUUCUCCUGCUCAUUCCCUUUCUCUUUCUCUCUCUCUCCCCAUCUCUCUCUCUCUCUCUCCCCAUCUCUCUCUCUCUCUCCCCAUCUCUAUCUCUCUCCCCAUCUCUCUCUCUCUCUCUCUCUCUCUCUCUCUCUCUCUCUCUCUCUCUCUCUCUCUCUCUCUCUCUCUCUCUCUCUCUCUCUCUCUCUCUCUCUCUCUCUCUCUCUCUCUCCCCCCCCAUCUCUCUCAAUUCAAUUCAAUUUAAGGGCUUUAUUGACAUGGGAAACGUAUGUUAACAUUGCCAAAGCAAGUGAAGUAGAUAGUAAACAAAAUUGAAAUAAACAAUAAAUAUUAACAGUAAACAUUACACUCAGAAGUUCCAAAAGAAUAAAGACAUUUCAAAUGUCAUAUUAUGUAUAUAUACAGUGUUGUAACAAUGUGCAAAUAGUUAAAGUACAAAUGGGAAAAUAAAUAAAUAUGGGUUGUAUUUACAAUGGUGUUUGUUCUUCACUGGUUGCCCUUUUCUUGUGGCAACAGGUCACACAUCUUGCAGCUGUGAUGGCACACUGUGGUUUUUCACCCAGUGGAUAAGGGAAUUUAUCAAAAUUGGGUUUGUUUUCGAAUUCUUUGUGGAUCGCUGUAAUCUGAGGGAAAUAUGUGUCUCCUAAUAUGGUCAUACAUUUGGCAGGAGGUUAGGAAGUGCAGCUCAGUUUCCACCUCAUUUUAUGUCUUCUCUUGAGAGCCAGGUCUGCUUAUUGUGGCCUUUCUCAAUAGCAAGGCUAUGCUCACUGAAUCUGUACAUAGUCAAAGCUUUCCUUAAAUUUGAGUCAGUCACAGUGGUCAGGUAUUCUUCCACUGUGUACUCUCUGUUUAGGGCCAAAUAGCAUUCUAAUUUGCUCUGUUUUAUUGUUUGUUCUUUCCAAUGUGUCAAGUAAUUCUCUUUUUGUUUUCUCAUUUACAUUUUAGUCAUUUAGCAGACGCUCUUAUCCAGAGUGACUUACAGUUAGUGAGUGCAUACAUGUUUUUAUUUUGUUAUUUUUCAUACUGGCCCCCCGUGGGAAUCGAACCCACAACCCUGGCGUUGCAAACGCCAUGCUCUACCAACUGAGCUACAUCCCUGCUGGCCAUUCCCUCCCCUACCCUGGACGACGCUGGGCCAAUUGUGCGCCGCCCCAUGGGUCUCCCGGUCACGGCCAGCUACGACAGAGCCUGGAUUCGAACCAGGAUCUCUAGUGGCACAGCCUUAGACCACUGCGCCACUCGGGAGACCAUAUUGCCACAAGCACGAUUUGGUUGGGUCUAAUUGUGUUGUUGUUGUCCUGGGGCUCUGUGGGGUCUGUUUGUGUUUGUGAACAGAGCCCCAGGACCAGCUUACUUAGGGGACUCUUCUCCAAGUUCAUCUCUCUGUAGGUGAUGGCUUUGUUAUGGAAGGCUUGGGAAUCGCUUUCUUUUAAGUGGUUAUAGAAUUUAACGGCUCUUUUCUGGAUUUUGAUAAUUAGCGGGUAUUGGCCUAAUUCUUCUCUGCAUGCAUUAUUUUGUGUUUUUCGUUGUACACAGAGGAUAUUUUUGCAGAAUUCUGCAUGCAGUCUCAAUUUGGUGUUUGUCCCAUUUUGUGAAUUAUUGGUUGGUGAGCGGACCCCAGACCUCACAACCAUAAAGGGCAAUGGGUUCUAUAACUGAUUCAAGUAUUUUUAGCCAAAUCCUAAUUGCUCUCUCGCUCCCUCUCUCUCUCUCUCUCUCUCUCCCCCUCCAUCCCACUCUCUCUCCCCCUCUAUCUAUCCAUCCCUCUCUCUCUCUUCCCCUCUUAGUCCCUCCUGGAGGCCCAUGACAUGGUAGCCUCUAAGUGCUAUGAGGCCGUGCCCCCAGCAGAGCUGUCCAAUGAGGCGCUGGUGAACAGUGCUCUGAUGCAGGCUGACGCUGUACGCAUGAUCGGCAUCCGCAAGAAGGCUGGAGAACCACUGGUGAGAGAGAAAGGGAGAUGGUGGGAGAUGGAAGGGGAUGGAGAGAGACGGAGGGAGACGAGGGGCACGGAGGGAGACAGUGUGCACAUAUUAGGUUGUUUGUGCGUGUGUGUGCGAGCGUGUGUGUGUGUGUGUUUCUGCAUCUCUGUAAUAUAAUUUCAUUGACCUACCGUUCCUUCCUUCUCUCAGGGAGUGACGUUCAGAGUGGAGAAGGAGGAGCUGGUCAUCGCUAGGAUCCUCCACGGAGGGAUGAUUGACAGUCAGGGUCUGCUGCACGUGGGUGACAUCAUAAAGGAAGUGAAUGGGCGGGACGUAGGGAACAACCCCACUGAGCUGCAGGAGAUGCUGAAGGACUGCAGUGGAGGAAUCACUCUGAAGAUACUGCCUAGUUAUAGAGAUGCACCUGCCCCACCACAGGUACACACACACACACACACACACACACACACACACACACACACACAGGAACAAACACAUGGAUGCAAACGUGUGCCCUCUCUCACAUCAAGCAUUUAUGCUCUCUCUCUCUUUCAAUUCAAUUUCAAUUCAAUUUAAGGGCUUUAUUGGCAUGGGAAACAUAUGUUAACAUUGCCAAAGCAAGUGAAGUAGAUAAUAAACAAAAGUGAAAUAAACAAUACAAAUUAACAGUAAACAUUACACUCAAAAGUUCCAAAAGAAUAAAGACAUUUCAAACGUAAUAUUAUGGAAAAUAAGUCAACAUAAAUAUAGGUUGUAUUUACAAUGGUAUUUGUUCUUCACUGGUUGCCCUUUUCUUGUGGCAACAGGUCACAAAUCUUGUUGCUGCGAUGGCACACUGUGGUAUUUCACCCAAUAGAUAUGGGAGUUUAUCAAAAUUGGGUUUGUUUUUGAAUUCUUUGUGUGUCUGUGUAAUCUGAGGGAAAUAUGUCUCUAAUAUGGUCAUACAUUUGGCAGGAGGUUAGUAAGUGCAGCUCAGUUUCCACCUAAUUUUGUGGGCAGUGGGCACAUAGCCUGUCUUCUCUUGAGAGCCAGGUCUGCUUAUUGUGGCCUUUCUCAAUAGCAAGGCUAUGCUCACUGAAUCUGUACAUAGUCAAAGCUUUCCUUAAAUUUGAGUCAGUCACAGUGGUCAGGUAUUCUGCCACUGUGUACUGUCUGUUUAGGGCCAAAUAGCAUUCUAGUUUGCUCUGUUUUUUUGUUAAUUCUUUCCAAUGUGUCAAGUAAUUAUCUUUUUGUUUUCUCAUGAUUUGGUUGGGUCUAAUUGUGUUGCUGUCCUUGGGGUCUGUUUGUGUUUGUGAACAGAGCCCCAGGACCAGCUUGCUUAGGGGACUCUUCUCCAAGUUCAUCUGUCUGUAGGUGAUGGCUUUGUUAUGGAAGGUUUGGGAAUCGCUUCCUUUUAGGUGGUUGUAGAAUCUGUGUCUCUGUGUCUCUGUGUCUCUGUGUCUCUGUGUCUCUGUGUCUCUCUCUCUCUCUCUCUCUCUCUCUCUCUCUCUCUCUCUCUCUCUCUCGCUCUCUCGCUCUCUCGCUCUCUCGCUCUCUCUUCCCCCCCGCCCCCCAGACUGCUCCUACUUGGCUGGCUGUGUAACAUCUGCAGAUGUUGGCUGGUGGUGAAGUUAGUCCUGGGGCAGUCCCAGAAUGCCCUGCUCUGGAAUCUAAACCCUGGCUGGGAGCCCUGUUUAUAACUCUCUACAUGACAUCUGGGCCAGGGACACACUCUCACAGACACGGGCACGUAGACACACACACUCUCACAGAUACGCACACAGACACACACAUAUAUACACAAACGCACAGUUACUGCACUCUGGCAUGCUUGCUCACAUACACAUAUGCACUGUACACACACUCACAUCUAAGAUUUCCCUGACCCAUGCUCUACAUCUAGUGCACACACACAUGCUGCUCAUGCUGAACAGACACACACCCACACUGUACACCCUCACACACCAUUUCAAAUGUCACACACACAUCCAGUCCGGAUCUUGUUUCAGUGUUUCCGUCUGGCAGUGUAAGCUGAGACAGUGCUCAGACCAUGUACCUCUCCUGGCAAAUACCACUGUUGGUGUGAACAUCUGUGGUCUGUCCUGCACUAGAUAUAUCCCAUAUAGUGUGUGUGUGUGAACAGCAUGACCUUCACCCCAAUACAUUCCAGUGCAUGUGUGUACAAUAUACAGUGCAUUGGGAAAGUAUUCAGACCCCUUGACCUUUUCCACAUUUUGUUAUGUUACAGCCGUAUUCUAAGAUGGAUUCAAUUGUUUUUCCCCCUCAUCAAUCUGCAUACAAUACCCCAUAAUGACAAAGCAUAAACAGGUUUUUAGAUUUCUUUUUAUAUAUACUGUAUAUAUAUAUUUUUUAAAAACGUAAAUAUGACAUUUACAUAAGUAUACAGACCCUUUACUCAGUACUUUGUUGAAGCACCUUUGACAGCGAUUACAGCCUCUAGUCUUCUUGGGUAUGACGCUACAAGCUUGGCACACCUGUAUUUGGGGAUAUUCACCCAUUCUUCUCUGCAGAUCCUCUCAAGCUCUGUCAGGUUGGAUGGGGAGCGUCACUGCACAGCUAUUUUCAGGUCUCUCCAGAGAUGUUCGAUCAGGUUCAAGUCCGGGCUCUGGCUGGGCCACUCAAGGACAUUCAGAGACUUGUCUCGAAGCAUUUUACAUUUACAUUUUAGUCAUUUAGCAGACGCUCUUAUCCAGAGCGACUUUACAGUUAGUGAGAGCAUACAUUUUUUUUCAUACUGGCCCCCCGUGGGAAUUGAACCCACAACCCUGGUGUUGCAAGCGCCAUGCUCUACCAACUGAGCUACACGAAGCCACUCCUGCGUUGUCUUGGCUUUGUGCUUAGGGUCGCUGUCCUGUUGAAAGGUGAACCUUCGCCCCAGUCUGAGGUCCUGAGCGCUCUGGAGCAUGUUUUCAUCAAGGAUCUCUCCGUACUUUGCUCCGUUCAUCUUUCCCAAGAUCCUGACUAGUCUCCCAGUCCCUGCCGCUGAAAACAUCCCCACAGCAUGAUGCUGCCACCACCAUGCUUCACCGUAGGGAUGGUGCCUGGUUUCCUCCAGACGUGACGCUUGGCAUUCAGGCCAAAGAGUUUAAUCUUGGUUUCAUCAGACCAAAGAAUCUUGUUUCUUGUGGUCUGAGAGUCCUUUGGGUGCCUUUUGGCAAACUCUAAGCGGACUGUCAUGUGCCUUUUACUGAGGAGUGGCUUCCAUCUGGCCACUCUACCAUAAAGGCCUGAUUGGUGGAGUGCUGCAGAGAUUGUUGUCCUUCUGGAAGGUUCUCCCAUCUCCACAGUGGAACUCUGGAGCUCUGUCAGAGUGACCAUCGGGUUCUUGGUCACCUCCCUGACCAAGGCCCUUCUCCCCCGAUUGCUCAGUUUGGCUGGGCGGCCAGCUCUAAGAAGAGUCUUGGUGGUUCCAAACUUCUUCCAUUUAAGAAUGAUGGAGGCCACUGUGUUCUUGGGGACCUUCAAUGCUGCAGAAGUCUUUUGGUACCCUUCCCCAGAUCUGUUCCUCGACACAAUCCUGUCUCGGAGCUCUAUGAACAAUUCCUUCGACCUCAUGGCUUGGUUUUUGCUGUGACAUGCACUGGCAACUGUGGGACUUUCCAAAUCAUAUCCAAUCAAUUGAAUUUACCACAGGUGGACUCCAAUCAAGUUGUAGAAACAUCUCAAGGAUGAUCAAUGGAAACAGGAUGCACCUGGGCUCAAUUUCGAGUGUCAUAGCAAAGGGUCUGAAUACUUAAGGUAUUUCUGUUUAUUAAUCUUUAAUACAUUUGCAAAAAAUUCUAAAAACCUGUUUUCGCUUUGUCAUUAUGGGUUAUUGUGUGUAGAUUGAUGAGGAUUUGUUUUUAUUUAAUCCAUUUUAGAAUAAGGCAGUAACGUAACAAAAUGUUGAAAAAGGGAAGGGGUCUGAAUGCUUUCCGAAGGCAGUGUAUACAUGCACUUAAAGGGGGCAGAACUCACCGAUUUUUACCUGGACUUUUCUGCGGCUCAUUAAGAAAAACCAGAUUUGCGUCUUGUGGGUGUGGUUUGAUGUGUGGGUGUGGUUUGAUGUGUGGGUGUGGUUUGAUGUGUGGGUGUGGUUUGGUGUGGUUUGAUGUGGGUGUGGUUUGAUGUGUGGGUGUGGUUUGAUCUUUAUAUCAUAUCCUGGCAGUUAUUGUUGUUUGUCCCUCUUAAGUCAUAGCAACUACAAAGCCACUACCACUUCCUUAAAAUAGUCAGAAUUAAUCUAAAAUAAAUCAAGAAAUCUAAUAAAUGUUAACAUUUUUGCCAAGGAGGCCUUAGUCAUGCAAUUUUACAUCUAACUAGUUUGGUGCAGUAUUUCUCAAGUAAAAACAUGUGCAUGAAAAUUGUCUGUAUGCACUGCAGACAGUAUCGAGUCAGCUUCUGCUGGCUACACUCACGACUGUUUUCUGAAAACGUGUAUACAACUUCAUCAUCAGCAAACUGUCAAACUAUUGUAAAUCAUGCACAAGCUACACACUGUUUAUCAGUGCCCAAAAUCACUAGCUAGCUAAGUUCCAUCUAUGUGUUUGUCAAUGAAGUUAGCUAGCAGGCACAUUGAGCCAGCAGGCCACGUUAGCUAAAUCAGCUUAUCAAGUCACUGGCGAGUGGUGACGUGUGCUUCGGUGCCGUUUUGUUUUACAACUUUCUCACUAUUUAUUACCAGGGUGUGCGUCUUUCUGUUUCAUAGUGAAUCAUGUUACAAAACAGGUCGUGGCAGGACACAAGAAUUUCCCAAUUGGCAGUUGGGAUGCAAGUGCGCAUCGUCUCAAUUUGUCCAAAACAGUGGCAGACUCUAGUGAUCACUAUCAAACACAUCAACAAGUGGCCACGCCGUAAAGGGCUUAGGGUCCAAGUGUUCUUUCAACACAACAUUGGCGACGUGUUGUCUUACGUUAACAAGUCCGAGUCUGAGGUGCUCCGAUUGGAUAGAGCGCAAUCAGCGCAGCUGUUUCUCAGUGCAUGACCAUUGUCCCUAGGCGUUACAAUCCCAAGUUAGUGGGCAAGUGGGCAUGAUUGUAAUCCAAACCCAACCCUCAUGUAGGCUCUCACUGGGUACACACUGGUUGAAUCAACGUUGUUUCCACGUCAUUUCAAUGAAAUGACGUUGAACAAACAUGGAAUAGACAUUGAAUUGACGUCUGUGCCCAGUGGGCUAAGUCUUGACUACCUCAGUUACACAGAUCUCACAAAACUCAGUUUUGGAAUAUACUGACUUUGGAAUGUACUGACCCCAAUGAUCUUACAUUUUUUUUGUAAAUUUUGGCACUGAAAUAAAUGUUUCUGACUAAUAUCUAUGCCACAUUGGCCGUUUUCAACCUGAGAAGUUGGUUUUUGCUUUCAGUUGCCCUUUAAUGCUGUUUUAAACCAAAACUUCAGUCUAAUCUCUAACACUUCUUCAAAACGCAAAUCAUUACACCAACAUUAUCUACCUAGCUGUUGUACAUAGAGAGAGACAGAUUUACUUGAUUUAGUUUUAGUUUGGUUGUAGAAGCACCAUUGAUUACCAUCAAACCUCUCUUUUCUCAGGUGUACGUACAGCCACACUUUGACUACGAUCCAGCCAAUGACCAUCUGAUCCCGUGUCGAGAGGCGGGGAUUGGCUUCAAGAGGGGGGACCUCCUUCAGAUCGUCAACAGAGAGGACCCCAACUGGUGGCAGGUGAUGAUGAUGAUGAUGAUGAUGAUGACGUGUUUCUAGAGGACAUUCUCCUCCACAGCUUUUACACAUCCACCUACAGACUACAUCCUCAACAACAUCAAGAAACUGUUUUUAUGCACUGGUUUUUAAUGUUGUCUACUGGUUGUUCACUGUACUCUAAUGGUUUGUACUGGUCUCUACUGGUUGGUUUUGUAUUGGUUUCUAUAAAUAGUAAAUAAGAUGUUUUAUUGUCACAUACACUGGACAGGUGCAGUGAAAUGUGUUGUUUUACAUGGUCAGUCAUAGUAGUAGUACAGCAUCCCUGGAGCAAAUAAGGGUUAAGUGCCUUGCUCAAGAGCACAUGGACAGACUUUUCGGCUCGGGUUUUCGAACCAGCGGCUCCCUGGUUUUACUAGUUUCUACUGAUUGUAUACUGAUUUCUACUGGUUGUAUACGGAUUUCUAUUGGUUGAGUGAGACAGUGAUUCUGUCGUCUGAUGUGCUCUGUCCUGUGCUAGGCAUGUCAUGUGGUUGGUGGAGCCACUGGACUGAUCCCCAGUCAGUUUCUGGAGGAGAAGAGGAAAGCCUUCGUCCCACGAGACUUUGACGGCUCAGGUAGGCUUUACUUUGCCUCUUCACUCCAUUCUCUGCAAGAUUUGCUAAACUGACAAAAGACUUCAACCAACCAAGUCAUAGACUGUUCUGUCUGCUACCACUUGGCAAGCUGUACCGGAGCACCAAGUCUGGGACCAAAAGGCUCCUGAACAGGGCACCAAGUCUGGGACCAAAAGGCUCCUGAACAGAGCACCAAGUCUGGGACCAAAAGGCUCCUGAAUAGCUUCUACCCCCAAGCCAUAAGACUGCUGAACAGUUCAUCAAAUGGCCACCCUGACUAUUUGCAUUGACCCCCUUUUUAUUUGCACUGACUAUCUUGUACCAACUCUCUAUUAACACUCACUGGACUCUACCCACACACUCACACAUACUUACACUGAUACUCCAACACACACACACACACACACACACACACACACACACACACACACACACACACACACACACACACACACACACUACAUACGUUCACACACACACACACACAUGCAUAUUGACGCCACACACACACACACAUAGACACACUUUCACACUCUUUCACACUCUUCACCAUACACUGCUGCUACUCUGUUUAUUAUCUAUCCUGAUUGCUCAGUCACUUUUACUUUUACCCCUACCUACAUGUACUAUACCACCUCGUACUCGGUACCAGUACUCCUUGUAUAUAGUCUCUUUAUUGUUAUUUUAUUGUGUUACUGUCUAUUUAAAAAUGUGUUGCACAUUUUUCGUAAUUUUUAAUUCUGCAUUGUUGGGAAAGGGCUCGUAAAUAAACAUUUCACGAUAAAGUCUACACCUGUUGUAUUCGCCGCAUGUGAUAAAUACAAUUUGAUUUGAACCGAGCUGACUGGCUCAUGCUCUGAGCAACUUUGAGAGGACCUUUUCCAUAAUGCAUCCAUGACAGUGGAGAGUACUUACUUGAAAUAGUUUAGUUUGUCUUUACACUGUUAGGUAGCCUUGCCUGCCAGGCUGAGGCCAGCCAAUGAGGUCAUGAGAUAAUGAUUUAAUAGAUUGUUACCUUAGAAUGGGUUGAGCAUGCCCCCUUGUGGCCUUCAGAUUCAAAGUCAGAUAGGGAAGACUUGCUUGCACUUGUAUUGUGUGUUUAUGUGUGUACUGAUGUGUGUGUUAAUGUGUGUAUUGAUGUGUGUUUAGGUGUGUAUUGAUGUGUGUUUAUGUCUUUAUUGAUGUGUGUAUUGAUGUGUGUUUAUGUGUAUAUGUAUGUUUUUAGGUGUGUAUUGAUGUGUAUUUAUGUGUGCAUUGAUGUUUGUAUUGGUGUGUGUAUAGAUGUAUGUUGAUAUGCAUUGUUGUGUAUUGAUGUGUGCAUUGAUGUGUGUAUGGUUGUGUAUUGAUAUGUAUUUAUGUGUAUUGAUGUGUGUAUUGAUGUGUGUAUUGAUGUGUAUUGAUGUUUGUACUGAUGUUUAUGUGUAUUGAUGUUUGUGUUGAUGUGUGUCAACAGGGAUCCUGUGCGGUACGAUAACUGGAAAGAAAAAGAAGAAAAUGAUGUACCUAACAGCCAGGAACGCAGGUAAGCAUUCAUACCUGUCUCUCAUUGGCUAAAUCUGUCAUGGCUCAUUCUUGUCAUUGGUUGUUUGUGCUGGGGCUCACUCUUUUACUUCCUGACUGUGUAGUUCCCCAUUUACUGAUCAGCGGUUUAUGUCCACAUUCCCUUCCCUCAUUGACUGACAACUCUACAUUCUCCUGUCUGAUUUGCUAACUCUUCUGUGUUCCUCUCUGUGAUUGGCUGAGGGCAGAGUUUGACAGGUAUGAGCUGCAGAUCUAUGAGGAGGUGGCCAAGAUGCCCCCGUUCCAGAGGAAGACCCUGGUUCUGAUUGGAGCCCAGGGAGUGGGCCGCCGUAGCCUCAAGAACCGACUGGUGGUCCUCAACCCAACACGCUUCGGAACCACCAUCCCCUGUGAGUCUGGAACCCAUACUGUUCUAAUUCUAUUUCUAUGCUAGAACCCCCUCCCCCUCCAGAACCUAAUGGACCACUGUACGCUCAGUACUCUCUGUCAGAACAGACAGAAACCCAAUAGAACGUUUCAUUUGAAUGCUUUAAGUCAGACUGACUUGUGAGCUUCCCCCAAUUCUCCACUCUGCUCUUCUCUCAUUCAUGUGCAUUCUCUGUCUUCUCUUAUCUCUCCUCCCUCUCUCUUCUCUUAUCUCUCCUCCCUCUCUCUUCUCUUAUCUCUCCUCCCUCUCUCUUCUCUUCUCUCUAACUCUCUCUCUGUUCUUGUCGCUCCUCUCCUCCACCCACUGCUCCUCCCUCAGUCACCUCCCGUCGUCCCCGUGACGAUGAGCUGGAUGGUAACUCAUACCAGUUCGUGACGCGGACGGAGAUGGAGGCGGACGUGAAGGCGGGCCGUUACCUGGAGCACGGGGAGUACGACGGGAACCUCUACGGAACCAAGAUGGACUCCAUCCAUGAGGUGGUGGACACGGGCCGCACCUGCAUCCUGGACGUCAACCCACAGGUCACAAUCAAAUCAAACUUUGUAGUGCAUUUAAAAAGUGCAACAUAGUUUUACUGUAAAACAACACCUUUCAACUACAGACAGAAUCCUAGUAUGAGAUACUGUACAUGAUAUGUGUCUGUCUGCCUGUCUGUCUGUGGAUGUCUGCCUGUCUGUCUGUGUGGAUGUCUGCCUGCCAGCCUGCCUGCCUGUGGAUGUCUGUCUGUCAGUCUGUGGAUGUCUGUCUGUGGAUGUCUGUGGAUGUCUGUCUGCCUGUCUUUGUCACCUUUAGCUGGUUCACUGACCCUCUCUCUGUCUGGACUGUAGGCUCUGAAGGUACUAAAGACAGCAGAGUUCAUGCCGUAUGUGGUGUUCAUCGCAGCACCAGAGUUUGAGACGCUCAAGGCCAUGCACAAAGCUACGGUGGACGCCGGAAUCACCACCAAACAACUCACGGUCAGGACCUUUUCCUGGGCAUAGACACUGAGCCACUUAUUCCUAGAGUAUUUUCACAUGUUGCUUUCUGGUAUCCUUCCAUUGUAAAGUGAUUUUAGGUCGUAAUGCAGGUUUUUCUGGAACAUUCUCUCGCUAGAACACACAACACUCACAUAGUGUACUUGUUACCCAUACUGCAUCACAGUAAGGUUCACACAUAGAGACAAAGGCACACACUCACCCUCUGUCUCUGUCCCUGUCAGGAUGUGGAUCUGAGGAAGACUGUUGAUGAGAGUGCUCGUAUCCAGAGGGCCUACAACCACUACUUCGACCUCACCAUCACCAACGACAACCUGGACCGCGCCUUCGAGAUGCUACAGGCUGCCGUCGACAAACUCUGCUCCGAACCACAGUGGGUCCCCAUCAACUGGGUCUACUGAACCCCAACCGGACACUGUCUGACUGGAUCAACUUGACUGUGUGUGUGUGUGUGCUCCACCACCGAGGCGGGGGAAAGGACAGGAGAAAGGGGGUUUGUCAUCUGAGGUACUUUGACGUGGGGGAAGCCAACCAACUAAACCAACCGCCUCCUCUCUCCCUACUUCCUGCAAACAAUGCAACUCUUUUCUACUAGAAACUCAAAGGGAAAGAGUUCUUAUAUAUUUUAGUAUUUUGUAACUUUUUACGAAAGAUAUUUCUAUUCAUACCAACUUGGAAUUCAAAAACAUGAAAAAAUAAACAUUUUGGCCAUAUUUUUUUAUUUAUUUGUUGUUGUUUGUUUUUUUGUAGUUGUUCCCCCGAGAACGAAUUCUGUUUUUUUUUCUUCUUCUCCGUGGACUGCUCUAGAAAGAGUAUUUAUUAUUGCUAUAUCAACACAGGUCAAGAAUGAAGAUGAGACACUAUGGAAUAUUCCAGAACUCUGAACAGUGUUGCCAAGGAAACCUGUUUACGGUGCAUGUCAUUGCCAUGACAACUAGUGUCUCAGACCGAAUCCUGUGGACCUUCCUUGUGUGAUUGUCGUAGACCCCCCCUCCAAAUAUCCUACAGUGUACUGUAGUAGGCUACCCCCUGAUCUGCUUGUAUUUACCUCUUUAGAAUUGUGACCUCAGCAAAAAUGAUCUUGUCUGAAUAUCUAUCCCUCACAUCCUACAAAGAGAAUGAAAGGAAAAUAACUUUACGCUUUACAUUGUGCUUUGAUCCUGAUAUUCAAUAGUACAUUGUCUGUGUUUCACUGUGUUUCUUUCUUUGAGUUUUUAUUUUAUUACCGUAGGAUUCACUGUCUUUCGUUGCUAUGAUGAUACUUUUUAGCUUAGUGACAUUUCUUGUCUCCUGUGAUCUUUGCUUUGUGUUGUUUUCUAUAUUGAACAGACUACAUCCUGUUUUUACCACUCACCAUCUACCCUGAUCUGUAUGUAAGGUGUUGUGUUUUUUAAAAUCUGUUGAUGUGGCACAAAACAUUGCUAUCCCACAGUCCUCUCCUCCAGUGUCACAAAGCGCCAAAGCCCUCCUGUGCUGUAACCCAAAUACUACAUUCUGACUGUUUUCUGUGGUCAUUCUGAAAGACGUCCCAACUUGUGUCCAACAACAGACUUGUGUUUUGAAACACAUCUCUAAUAGCAAUACAUUGUUACAUUAAAUUUACAGAAAUUCAUCUGGAAAGUUUUUGUCCAUUGUUGUUUUGGGUGAUGGCUAUGUUUAGUUAAUAUUUAAUGAGAUCAUAUUUAAAGCCAUUUAGAGACAAUGGAUGGUUCAUAAAUAUACAGUAUAUUUGAUUAAAAACACAGAAUGCAUAGUUUUGUGGCAGCAUUGCAACUAUGUAGAAUUGUGAAAUGACUAAAUGCAACAUAUUGAUAUACAGUGGGGAAAAAAAAGUAUUUAGUCAGCCACCAAUUGUGCAAGUUCUCCCACUUAAAAAGAUGAGAGAGGCCUAUAAUUUUCAUCAUAGGUACACGUCAACUAUGACAGACAAAUUGAGGAAAAAAAAUCCAGAAAAU